AUGCAAGGCAUUACAGAGGAGGACAUUUCAGAAGAUGUACAGCCAGACGAGGACGAUUGCUGGACGCCUCUCCAAAAGGCAGCCCGGGACGGCGACCUCCCGGCAGUGCGCCUAGCCAUCGCCUCCGGCGCCGACAUCAACGCCCCGCCGCAGGGUUACUACGGGCGCACCGCGCUCCAGGCGGCCUGCUUGGGAUCGCACACCGAUGUGGUAUCGGCGCUCCUGGACGCCGGGGCGGACGUCGACGCUGCCCCCGGCAACAACGACGCGCGCAACGCGCUGCAGAUUGCGAGCGGGCAGCCGGACAUUUCCAUCGUCAGGAUGCUCCUCGACAAGGGCGCGGACGUGAACGCGCCGGCGACGAGGUACUACGGCGCGACGGCGCUGCAGUCUGCGUGCUCCGCGGGACUGAGUGACGUGGUCGCGCUGCUGCUGGAUCACGGGGCGGACGCGAACGCGGCGCCGGCCAAGACGGCGGGACGGACGGCGCUGCAGGCGGCGGCGGCGCACGGGUUCGCGGGGAUAGUUAGGACACUGCUGAGGGAUCACGGGGCGAACGUCAACGCGCCUGCGUGCCGGCACAAGGGCUUCACGGCGCUGCAGGUGGCGGCGCUUCACGGGGACGAGGCGAUGGCCGCGACGCUGCUGGGCGCCGGGGCGGAUGUGAAUGCCGAGGGGAGCAGGUUCAAGGGCGGGAGGGCGCUGCAUGCGGCGGCGGAGGGGGGUCACGUUCGCAUGUGCGAGAUGUUGCUGGAUGCCGGGGCCGAGAUCGAGGCUGGAUCUGGCGGAUGGACUGCUGCUGGUGGGCAGACGGCGUUGCAGGGCGCGGCUGCGAGGGGUCACGGUGCGGUUGUUCGGGUUUUGCGGGACAGGGGUGCGACGGGAAUGGAAGGUGGAGGGACGUUUCUGUUUGAUAGAGUUUGA